AUGAGAGCCUGUCUGGGUCUUAAAUAUGUUCCUAGGGGAUGGAGGGAAGUGAAAGUCACAUUAAUACCCAAUCCAGGUAAGAGCGACUACACUGACCCUAAAUCCUACAGGCCCAUUAGCCUCACAUCCUUUCUCCUAAAGACGAUGGAGAGGAUGUGUGAAAGGGAAUUAAGGGGGUCGGCGCUUAUGAACUUACCACUACACGACAAGCAACACACCUACAGUCUAGGUAAAUCAACAGAAUCGGCACUUCACCAGGUAAUUACAAAGAUUGAAGGGGCCAUCCAAAACAAAGAAAUGUGUCUAGGUUCCUUCAUAGAUAUAGAAGGUGCUUUUGACAGAAUGAACUUCUCCAGCAUAAAAGGUGCAUUCAGUAGACAUAAAGUUGAACCGGCACCGAUUGACUGGAUAGUAUACAUGCUCAGUACACGAAUAAUAAAAAUUGCUGGUGAAUCUCAACCAAUCCAAAUUAAGAAAUGGCUUUUGGCAUUUCUUAAUUUGGAUUCUCUCACCUUUUCUGUGGAAUAUGGUCAUCAAUGA